AUGGCUUCAAUAUCUUCUGCUUUUUCUAUCUCUUUGGUUAUUUUUCUGGGGUUUUCUUGUACUGUUUUACACUUGACAGAAGCUCAGCAAUUGGUGCAGGGACUCUCAUGGAGUUUCUAUGAUUCUUCAUGUCCUAGGUUGGAAUCCAUUGUAAGGAAACAGUUGCAGAAGGUUUUUAAGGAUGAUAUUGGUCAAGCUGCUGGCUUGCUUCGACUCCAUUUUCAUGAUUGCUUUGUACAGGGGUGUGAUGCUUCAGUUCUGCUAGCCGGAUCGGCGAGCGGGCCGGGUGAACAGGAAGCACCGCCGAAUUUGUCCUUGAGGGCUCGGGCUUUUAGAAUCAUCAAUGAUCUCCGCCGUCGCGUGCAUAGGCGGUGCGGUAGAGUUGUCUCUUGCGCUGAUAUCACUGCCAUUGCAGCUCGUGAUGCUGUAUUUCUGUCUGGUGGCCCUGACUAUGAUGUUCCUUUGGGAAGGAAAGAUGGACUCAACUUUGCAACGAGAAAUGCAACAUUGGCAAACAUUCCUCAACCAACAAGCAGCGCAAGUGCACUUCUUACCUCCCUUGCAGCCAAGAAUUUCGACCCCACAGACGUAGUCGCACUCUCGGGUGGCCAUACCAUUGGCCUUAGCCACUGCACUUCCUUCACCAACAGACUCUAUCCCACACAAGACCCUACAAUGGGCAAAACCUUUGCCAACAACCUUAAAGCCAAUUGUCCCAAUGUCAACUCUACUAACACCACUGUACUCGAUAUCCGAUCCCCUAACGUGUUCGAUAACAAGUACUACGUCAAUCUCAUGAACCGACAAGGCCUUUUUACGUCGGAUCAAAAUUUGUACACGAAUAGAAGGACUAGGAGCAUUGUUACGAGCUUUGCUCUUAAUCAAACGUUGUUCUACGAGAAGUUUACAAUUGCCAUGAUAAAGAUGUCGCAGUUGAGCGUGUUGACAGGGAGACAAGGCGAAAUUCGUGCGAAUUGCUCGGUUCGGAAUUCUGAUAAUCUUUCACUGUCUUCUGUUGUCGAAGAGGAAGAGGGGAGCUGGUCUGCAUUUUGA